GCUACGCUCGGGAGAGCCGCCGGCCGGCGCUAUUAAUUUGUGUUAUCCAAGAUGGAGGUUUAGUGAUGUUCCCUAGUCCUCAGAAGUAAUCCUUUUUUCGUCCGUGUCAGAUCAGUCCUCAGACACAGGGCGGACAUAUUUUGUCGUUCUUCCUGUGGGGAAAAUACAUAGGAACUUUAGAUUUGGAUAUUCGUUUUUUUGUGUGUUUUUCACCACAGCCAUGAGCUCGGGGGAAGGGGCCGAGGAGGCGGCCAAAGACGCGGCCGAUAUAGCGACGUUCUUCAAAUCCGAUUGCACAAAUUCAAAAGGUGAGCCCAAAGGAGUCUCCAAUCAGAUAACAGGAUUUCGCCGAAAUGAAGAGAUGAAAGCGAUGGAAGUUUUGCCCAUUCUAAAGGAAAAAGUGGCCUUCUUAUCAGGGGGCAGGGACAAGCGCGGUGGUCCGGUUUUAACUUUCCCAUCACGAACCAACCACGACCGAAUACGGCACGAGGAUCUGCGCAGACUCAUCGCCUACCUCGCCGGCAUCCCUAGCGACGACGUGUGCAAACAUGGCUUCACGGUCAUCGUGGACAUGCGUGGCUCCAAGUGGGAUUCCAUCAAGCCUCUGCUGAAGAUCCUACAGGAAUCGUUUCCCUGCUGCAUCCACGUCGCCCUCAUCAUCAAACCAGACAACUUCUGGCAAAAACAGAGGACCAACUUUGGCAGCUCCAAGUUUGAGUUCGAGACCACCAUGGUGUCUCUGGAGGGCUUAUCUAAGGUAGUGGACCCAUCUCAGUUGACGUCCGAUUUCGAGGGCAGCCUGGACUACAACCACGAGGAGUGGAUCGAAAUCCGCGUGGCCUUCGAGGACUUCACGGGCAACGCCCGGCACCUGCUCACCCGCCUAGAGGAAAUGCAAGAAACUGUCACGCGCAAAGACUUCCCGCAGGAUUUGGAGGGUGCCCGGCGCAUGAUAGAGGAACACGCGGCUUUGAAGAAGAAGGUAAUGAAAGCCCCGGUGGAAGAGGUGGACAGCGAGGGUCAGAGACUUCUACAGAGGAUCCAGAGUAGCGAGAGCUAUGCUAACCGAACUGUGCCUGUACCGCCGGGGCAGAGAGAUGGCCAGGGACAGCCCAAUGCUGACACCCAGGGCCUGGUGCCCCGCAUUUCAGGCCUUCUGGAAAAGCUCCACAGCACAAGGCAGAACCUGAACCAGGCCUGGCACGUCCGCAAGCUGCAGUUGGACCAGUGCUUUCAACUCAGACUGUUUGAGCAGGAUGCUGAAAAGAUGUUUGACUGGAUCAUGCACAACAAAGGGCUGUUUCUGGCAAGCUACACCGAGAUCGGCAACAACCACCCGCACGCCAUGGAGCUGCAGACCCAACACAACCACUUCGCCAUGAACUGCAUGAAUGUUUACGUAAACAUAAACCGCAUCAUGUCGGUGGGAAACCGGCUGCUGGAGGCGGCCCACUACGCAUCCCAGCAGAUCAAACAGAUCUCAGGUCAGCUGGAACAGGAGUGGAAAGCUUUCGCUGCCGCUCUGGACGAGAGGAGCGCCCUGCUGGAGAUGUCCGCGGCUUUCCACCUGAAAUGCGACCAGUACAUGAGUAAUGUCGACCCGUGGUGUAAAGCGUGUGGGGAGGGGGAUCUGCCCUCCGAGCUGCAGGACCUCGAGGAUGCCAUCCACCAUCACCAAGGCUUGUAUGAACACAUCACAGCUGCCUACUCUGAGGUGAGCCAAGAUGGAAAAGCCUUAUUGGACAAGCUUCAGCGCCCCUUGACCCCCGGCAGCUCUGAUUCGUUGACGGCAUCUGCAAAUUAUUCCAAAGCUGUCCACCAUGUUCUGGACAUCAUCCAUGAGGUUCUGCAUCACCAGAGACAGCUGGAGAACAUCUGGCAACACCGUAAGGUCCGGCUGCACCAGCGUCUACAGCUGUGUGUAUUUCAACAGGAUGUUCAGCAGGUUCUCGACUGGAUUGAGAACCACGGUGAGGCGUUCCUCAGUAAACACACGGGGGUGGGGAAGUCUCUGCAUCGCGCCAGAGCUCUGCAGAAACGCCACGAAGACUUUGAGGAAGUUGCUCAGAAUACAUACACCAAUGCUGACAAGCUGCUAGAGGCGGCCGAGCAGUUGGCACAGACGGGCGAAUGUGACCCUGAAGAGAUCUAUCAAGCCGCACGUCAGUUGGAAGAUCGCAUCCAGGAUUUUGUAAGACGUGUGGAGCAGAGGAAGGUCUUGCUGGACAUGUCUGUAGCUUUCCACACUCAUGUCAAAGAGCUGUGGACGUGGCUGGAAGAGUUACAGAAAGAGCUGUUAGACGACGUCUACGCUGAGUCUGUGGAGGCCGUUCAGGAUCUGAUCAAGCGUUUCGGACAGCAGCAGCAGACUACUCUGCAGUUUACUGUCAAUGUUAUUAAAGAGGGAGAAGAUCUCAUUCAACAACUCAGAGACUCGGCUAUCUCCAGCAAUAAGACCCCUCACAACAGCUCCAUCAACCACAUCGAGAGCGUCCUGCAGCAGCUGGAUGAGGCUCAGGCUCAGAUGGAGGAACUCUUUCAGGAGAGAAAGAUCAAACUGGAGCUCUUCCUCCAGCUCAGGAUCUUUGAGAGGGACGCCAUUGACAUCAUCUCGGAUCUGGACUCGUGGAAUGAGGAGUUAUCGCAGCAGAUGAACGACUUCGACACCGAAGACCUGACGCUGGCUGAACAGAGACUGCAGCACCACGCUGACAAAGCGCUCACCAUGAACAACCUCGCCUUCCACGUCAUCCACCAGGGUCAGGAGCUCCUGCAGUAUGUCAAUGAGGUGCAGGCGUCAGGUGUUGAGCUGCUGUGUGACAGAGAUGUGGACAUGGCCACACGGGUUCAGGAUCUGCUGGAGUUCCUGCAUGAGAAACAGCAGGAGCUGGACGUGGCUGCAGAGCAGCACCGCAGACACCUGGAGCAGUGUGUGCAGCUGCGCCACCUGCAGGCGGAAGUCAAACAGGUUCUGGGUUGGAUUCGUAAUGGCGAGUCGAUGCUGAAUGCAGGACUGAUCACGGCCAGCUCGCUUCAAGAAGCCGAACAGCUGCAGAGAGAGCACGAGCAGUUCCAGCAUGCUAUUGAGAAGACCCAUCAGAGCGCCCUGCAGGUCCAGCAGAAAGCCGAGGCUCUCCUUCAGGCCAAUCAUUAUGACAUGGACAUGAUUCGAGACUGUGCCGAGAACGUGGCCUCUCACUGGCAGCAGCUCAUGCUGAAGAUGGAAGACCGGCUUAAACUAGUCAACGCAUCCGUGGCCUUCUACAAGACCUCUGAACAGGUGUGUAGUGUGUUGGAGAGUCUCGAGCAGGAAUACAAGCGUGAGGAGGACUGGUGCGGCGGAGCAGACAAACUCGGACCCAACUGCGAAACCGACCACGUCAGCCCCAUGAUCAGCAAACACCUGGAGCAAAAAGAGGCCUUCCUCAAGGCGUGCACUUUAGCCAGACGAAACGCUGAUGUAUUCCUGAAGUACAUGCACAGGAACAGUGUCAGCAUGCCGGGAAUGUUGAGUCACGUAAAAGCACCCGAGCAGCAGGUCAAAAAUAUCCUAAAUGAGCUGUUGCAAAGAGAGAAUCGUGUCCUGCACUUCUGGACCAUGAGGAAGAGAAGGCUGGACCAGUGUCAGCAGUAUGUGGUGUUUGAACGCAGUGCUAAACAGGCCCUGGAGUGGAUCCACGACACAGGCGAGUUCUAUCUCUCCACACACAUGUCCACAGGCUCCAGCAUCCACCACACGCAAGAGCUUCUGAAAGAACAUGAGGACUUCCACAUCACAGCCAAGCAAACCAAAGAGAGAGUGAAGCUGUUGAUACAGUUGGCAGAUGGGUUCUGCGAUAAGGGCCACGCCCAUGCCGCGGAGAUCAAGAAGUGGGUGACGGCCGUGGACAAACGUUACCGUGACUUCUCCCUCCGUAUGGAUAAGUACCGCACAUCACUGGAGAAAGCCCUCGGCAUCUCUUCUGAUUCGAACAAAGCUAGUAAAGACCUGCAGUUGGACAUCAUCCCAGCCAGUGCUCCAGGGUCAGAGGUCAAACUGAGAGACGCUGCCCAUGAACUUAACGAAGAGAAGCGCAAGUCCGCCCGCAGGAAGGACUUUAUCAUGGCUGAGCUGAUUCAGACAGAAAAGGCUUACGUUCGAGACCUGAGGGAGUGCAUGGACACGUAUCUGUGGGAGAUGACCAGCGGUGUGGAGGAGAUCCCACCGGGGAUCGUCAACAAAGAGCAUAUCAUUUUUGGUAACAUGCAGGACCUCUAUGAGUUCCACCACAAUAUUUUCCUCAAAGAACUGGAGAAGUAUGAGCAGCUUCCUGAAGAUGUGGGUCACUGUUUUGUGACUUGGGCCGAUAAGUUCCAGAUGUAUGUGAACUACUGCAAGAACAAACCAGACUCCACUCAACUUAUACUUGAGCAUGCUGGAGGAUACUUUGAUGAGAUCCAGCAGAGGCAUCGCCUGGCAAACUCCAUCUCUUCAUACCUCAUCAAACCUGUGCAGAGAAUAACCAAGUACCAGCUGCUUCUCAAGGAGCUCCUCACGUGUUGUGAGGAAGGCAAAGGUGAAAUCAAAGACGGACUUGAAGUCAUGCUUAGCGUUCCCAAGAGAGCCAAUGACGCCAUGCACUUGAGCAUGCUUGAAGGGUUUGAUGAGAACAUUGAGUCCCAGGGAGAGCUGAUCCUGCAGGAGGCCUUCCAAGUGUGGGAUCCCAAGACCCUGAUCCGUAAAGGACGAGAACGUCAUCUCUUCCUCUUCGAGAUGUCACUUAUCUUCAGCAAAGAGGUUAAAGACUCCAAUGGCAGGAGCAAGUACCUGUACAAGAGCAAGCUGUUUACCUCUGAGCUGGGCGUUACUGAACAUGUGGAAGGAGAUCCAUGCAAAUUCGCUCUUUGGGUAGGACGGACCCCAACCUCAGACAAUAAGAUUGUCCUCAAGCUAAGUCAGGGAUGCAAACAUGGAUCUAUGGCCUCCAGUAUUGAGAACAAACAGGACUGGAUAAAACACAUCCGUGAAGUGAUUCAGGAGCGCACCGUGCACCUGAAGGGGGCGCUAAAGGAGCCCAUCCACAUCCCCAAACCCUCCACGACCAAACACAAGGGUCGCAGGUACACCCCCAGAGAUGGAGAGGAUUUGGAUAGUCAGGGUGACGGCAGCAGUCAGCCAGACACCAUAUCACUGGCCUCACGAACAUCUCAAAACACGCUAGACAGCGACAAGUUGUCUGGUGGCUGUGAGCUGACAGUAGUGAUCCACGACUUCAUGGCCGGUAACAGCAACGAGCUGACGGUGCGGCGGGGACAGACGGUGGAGGUCCUGGAGAGGCUCCACGAUAAACCCGACUGGUGCCUGGUGCGCACCACGGACCGCUCACCCGCCCUGGAGGGCCUGGUGCCCUGUGCCGCGCUCUGCAUCGCUCACUCCCGCAGCAGCAUAGAAAUGGAAGGAAUCUUCAACCACAAAGAUGCUCUCUCGGUUUGCAGUAAUGAUGCCAUCUUGCCAGGCUCAUCUGCCACUCUCCAGCCAGGUCACGUGAUGGGCUCCCACAGUUCCCCUGGGCCGAAGCGCCCUGGAAACACAUUACGGAAAUGGUUGACCAGUCCUGUGAGAAGACUCAGCAGUGGUAAAGCCGACGGCCAUGUGAAGAAGCUGGCGCACAAACACAAGAAGAGCCGUGACGUCAGAAAGAGUGCAGAAAUAGGAUCACAGAAAGACUCUGAUGAUAGUGCCGCCACACCCCAGGAUGAGACGCUGGAGGAGAGGGUCCGUAAUGAGGGUCUUAGCAGCGGGACACUCUCCAAGUCUUCAUCAUCGGGCAUGCAGAGCUGUGGAGAGGAGGAGGGAGAAGAAGGAGCCGACACUGUGCCUCUUCCUCCACCCAUGGCCAUCCAACAACACAGUCUCCUUCAGCCGGACGCGCAGGACGACAAGACCUCCUCUCGUCUCUCCGUCCGCCCCUCCAGCUCUGAGACCCCCAGCGCUGCUGAGCUAGUCAGUGCUAUUGAGGAGCUGGUCAAAAGCAAGAUGGCUCUGGAGGACAGACCCAGCUCUCUGUCAGUGGAGCAGGCCGACAGCAGCAGCACUUCCUUCAACCCUUCUGAUAACUCCCUACUGUCAUCAUCCUCCCCGAUUGACGAGAUAGAGGAGCGCAAGACCGGCUUCCUCAAGAGACGGCACUACGUCCUAUUGGAACUGGUGGAGACCGAGAGGGACUAUGUGAGGGAGCUCGGUCUGGUCGUUGAGGGCUACAUGACCAGGAUGAGAGAAGAUGGAGUUCCGGAUGACAUGAAAGGAAAAGACAAGAUUGUGUUUGGCAACAUUCAGCAGAUAUAUGACUGGCACAGAGAUUUCUUCCAGGGAGAGCUUGAGAAGUGCCUUGAGGACCCGGAUCGUCUGGGUCCUCUUUUUCUCAAACACGAACGGAGGCUGCACAUGUAUGUUGUUUUCUGCCAGAACAAACCCAAAUCUGAACACAUUGUCUCAGAGUACAUCGACACUUAUUUUGAGGAUCUAAAGCAGCAUCUGGGUCACAGGAUUCAGAUCACUGAUCUUCUCAUUAAACCUGUGCAGAGGAUCAUGAAGUACCAGCUGCUGCUGAAGGAUUUUCUCAAACUCUCCAAAAAAGCUGGAUUGGAUUCAGUAGAACUGGAGAAUGCAGUUGAGAUCAUGUGCAUCGUACCAAAAAGAUGCAACGACAUGAUGAAUGUUGGACGACUCCAGGGUUUUGAUGGUAAGAUCAUUGCUCAGGGCCGUCUUCUACUGCAGGACACAUUCAUGGUGGCCGAACCGGAUGGAAGCCUGCUGAACAGGAUGAAGGAGAGAAGAAUCUUCCUCUUUGAACAGAUUGUCAUCUUCAGUGAACCUUUAGAUAAAAAGAGAGGGCUCUCCAUGCCCGGAUACCUGUAUAAGUACAGCAUCAAGGUGAGCUGUCUUGGUCUAGAGGACAAUGUGGACGGUGACCCAUGUAAAUUCGUGCUGACCUCCAGGACGUCCAAUGGCAGCACAGAGACUUUUAUCCUGCACUCGAGCCAUCCUGGAGUACGACAGGUCUGGAUGCUUCAAAUCAGUCAGAUACUGGAGCAUCAGCGCAACUUCAUCAACGCGCUCACAUCUCCCGUCGAGUACCAGAGGAACCAUCUGGACGGACCUGGUGUUUCGGCAAGCAAUGUUCAGGCUGGAUGCGUUGGGGGUCAGAUCACGGCCCCAGGAGGCAUUGGAGUGGCCCCGGCUGGGUCGGGUUCCCGCUCCCGCCCCUCCCGUAUCCCCCAGCCCUCCCGCCUGCCUCAACCACUCCGUCACCACUCACCCGCUCUGGGGCCCGGAGCCCAUGAGCCCGAUGGCCCCGACAAAAUAUCAGGUACGUCCUCAAGACCUCUCUCCAGGGGUCCCUCACCCUGUAGCACCACAGAUCCCGAUCCGGCCCGAGACCCCCCAAAAUCGAAGGUUCCUGGGAGCCUUCACCAUAAACAGACGGAUUCUGAUGGCAAAGAUGGAGUCUCACCGGCUCAGCUCCCGCGAGCCACCGUGGCCCCGCUAGCUCUGGUCAAACCCAGGCCCGGCACUAUCUCACCCAUGGCUUCUCCACUAGCUACACCAGCUUUCAAAGACUCCAUCCCGCCCUGCAGUCCCGGGCCAAAGACAGGUGGGGGUUCCACGCCAUCCUCCUCCAAUUUGUUUUGGGGCGCCAUUCCCGCCUCCCCGGCCAGUAGACCCGUUUCCUUCACGUUCCCCGGGGAAGCGGGCGACUCCCUGGGCCGACAGAAUCAGACCCAAAGCCACCGGCACUCCACCCACAGUAAAGAUGCAGAUCGCAUGAGUACCUGCUCUUCUGCCAGUGAGCAAUCUGUCCAAUCCACCCAGAGCAAUGGGAGUGAAAGCAGCAGCAGCAUUAACAUCUCCACCAUGUUGGUGACUCAGGACUAUGUGGCUCUUAAAGAGGAUGAGAUUAAUGUAAGUCAAGGGGAGGUAGUACAGAUUCUGGCCUCCAAUCAACAAAACAUGUUUCUGGUGUUCCGCGCCGCCACCGACCAAUCCCCAGCUGCCGAGGGCUGGAUCCCCAGUUAUGUGCUGGGCCACACCUCCGCCGUUAUCCCUGAUAUAUCAGAGGCAACUAUUAACAGGAAAUCAUCAUCAUGGCAUACAUCCCUCCGCAUCCGAAAGAAGUCAGAGAAAAGAGAGAAGGAAGGUAAAAAGGAGACCAAGCUGGAGAAUGGAUACAGGAAAUCUAGAGAGGGACUAAGCAACAAGGUCUCUGUAAAGCUUCUAAAUCCCAAUUAUAUCUAUGAUGUUCCCCCGGAGAUUCUCGUCCCGCUGAGCGAUGUGAGCUGUGAUAAAGGCGAGUGUGUCACUCUCAGGUGUAAGGUGUGUGGCCGCCCCAAAGCUACAGUCACUUGGAAGGGACCCGAUCAAAAACCACUCGCCAACAACGGCCACUUCAGCAUAGCCUACAGUGAGACCGGCGAGGCAACGCUGCGUAUUGUGGGCGUGACCUCAGAUGAUGAUGGCAUGUACACCUGCAUUGCAACUAAUGAUAUAGGCAGCGUGACAUCAUCAUCCAGCCUGAGAGUGUUAGGCACUACGAAUGAUGGAAUCCGGGUCACGUGGAAGGACAACUUCGAGUCUUUCUACACUGAGGUUGCAGAGCUAGGCAGGGGAAGGUUCUCUGUAGUGAAACGCUGUGACCAGAGAGGGUCCAAGCGCACCGUGGCCGUCAAGUUUGUGAACAAGAAACUGAUGAAGCGAGACCAGGUCACGCACGAGUUCAGCGUUCUGAAGAGACUCCAGCACCCACACCUAGUCAAACUACUGGAUAUUUUUGAGACCUCCAGCAGCUAUGCGCUAGUCCUGGAGAUGGCCGAUCAGGGCCGUCUGCUGGACUACAUUGUGAGCUGGGGGAACCUCACAGAAGAGAAGGUGGCCCUCUAUCUGCGGGACAUUUUAGAAGCUUUGCAGUACCUGCACAACUGCAGAGUCGUUCAUCUGGAUGUCAAGCCUGAAAAUCUUUUGGUGGACCAGAGCUCCUCCCAGCCGACGGUAAAGCUCACAGACUUCGGCGAUACGGUGCAGCUGAACUCCACUCCUUAUGUUCACUCUCUGCUGGGUAGCCCGGAGUUUGCGGCCCCCGAGCUGGUUCUCGGAGAGGCCGUCUCACUCUCCAGCGACUUGUGGAGUCUGGGGGUGGUGACGUACGUGAUGUUGAGCGGAGCUUCUCCGUUCUUGGAUGAGAGCGUGGAGGAAACUUGCCUCAACAUCUGCCGACUUGACUUCAGCUUCCCCAACGACUACUUCCAGGGCGUGAGCCAGGCGGCACGGGAUUUCAUGUGUCUGCUUCUCAGGACCGAGCCUUCCAAGCGGCCCUCGGCUGCCACCUGCCUGCAAGAGCCCUGGCUGAGGCCGGGAAGUGGCCGGCGCUCGGCGGAAUGCAUCGAUACCUCGAGACUCAUCUCCUUUAUCGAUCGGCGCAAACACCAGAACGACCUGCGGCCUCUCGGGGGGAUAAAGACCUUCCUGCAGAGCAGGUUACAGCCUCGGAUCUGACCAAUGAAAUGAGACAAUAAUCUCAUCCUCUUUCUGCUGCCAGUUAUGAUGACUUCAGUCCUGAGCCAAUCAAAAUGUGUGCUUGCGACCUUGUGAGCCUUUUUGGCGGAUAAUAUAUACAAAAAUAUUUACCCAGUUGAAUGCUGCUGCCUCGUUCUGAAUAAAGACUUUACGCAGAGAUUAAAACAAUGAAAUAUAUAUAUAAAUAUAUAUAUAAAUAUGAAUUUCUCGGAUUUGCUGAAUGAUCAACAAAUCUACAUAGAGUAAUAUUUUGUGUGGAACAAAUUAUCUGCCCAGCGGUGGCAGAGGUUUCUUGAAGAAAGCGAUGCAAUGCAGUUUAGCAAGAACAACCUUUUUCUUUUCGUUUGCCUGAGCCAGACAGAGCCAGCCGCUCGGCUUUUGUGCUUAUGCAGUGUUAAACUCGAAAACAAGGUCAAAUCCUUUCUUAACGAAACUUUCAAGAAAAUUGAAAAUCAAGUUGUGAUAAUUUUUUAGCCUGCAUAUUUGAAUAAAUACAACAACGGCAUCAGUUCCAGAAGUUUAAAUGAAUGCAUCUUGAGUGAAUGAAUAAUUGAAGCAUUUUAAGUUAAAGCUUGUUUUGGUCUCCUCGUGUAAUAUUAUAGUUGCUUAUUUGAACAAUGAUGAUGAUGCCACAUUUAGCUGCAAAGAUUUUUACGGCUGCAAGUUAAACCUUUAUUAUUUAUAACUAGAACAAAUUGUGUUGUGCAAUUUACAGAUGUUUAUAAAACGGUCAGUUCUGGUCCUUGAUUCUGAUUGGCUGAGCGGAGUUCUAAGCCGUUAUAAAAUACCUCAUUAUAUAACGGCUGACUGCACCACAUAGCCUAAAUAUCAUUUUAUUUACUUUAUUUUAUGAAACCUUGCUAAGCAUAUGGAAUAACCGUUUUAUAAAAGCAAUAAGCCCCGCGAAGCAGUGGGUUACAGUGCAUUUUAUAACAGCUACAGGGUUUUAGCUGUUAUAAAAUGCACUGUAAUCCACUGCUUCUUGGGGCUUAUUGCUUUAAUACGCCUUAUUCUGUGUCUGCCCAUCUGAUUUUUUGUUUAAUGUAACGUCGAGGGGGACAACAAACGAAUCCCAGUGGAAAACAGCCAUAGGGCGGCCAAACGUCUGAGCAGCAAAAGGCCAAUCAGCUUGAGACAGAAUGACUGAAUACUGUAAACGCUCUCGCAUUAUUUCCAUGUUUUAUCAUGUGAAAUGUCGCGGCUUCAACGGUUUAUGCAGCUUUUAAUUUUUUGUAAGACAUCCGGUAUACCUUCGAUAAAAACGUAGACUAGCACGUACCUUGUACUGCAGGUUCUGCUGUUAUGAUUAUUUAAUCUGGUCUUUUAGUUAAGUAUUAUUGCUCUGUUAUGCGACAGGGUUAUUAUCGUCUACACGGCACUUACGCUAGUCACUUUUUUGUUGAUGUACAUGUUAUUAUGCCAAAGUUUUCCAUUGUUUUCCCCUAUACACACAUGACUUUUUUAAGUUAUAGAUUAUAGCUGUGACUGGUUGUUUACAUGAGUUUCUCAUAGCUUUACACUCGAAAGAAUGGUUUCUUUCAGUUUUUCCUUUAUUUUCUUUCGUGUCCAUGUUAUUGACAUUUCACAUGUUUUACAUUGGAUUUUUCUGCACAUUUGAGUCGAGUUUCUGAAACUCACCUCUCAGACUACACUAGACAUUGAAAUCAUUUUAUUGUCAUAUAGCGAGACAUCAUGGACAAAAUGUGAAGCCUUUAAAUUAUGCUAUUUAUCUUAUUUAGAUAGUUUUAAUACAAAUGGUGUAGGUCCUUUUAGUUGUAAGGCCUUGGAUAGUUAUUGGUGAAAGUCAUAAGCUCUCAACACUUUUACAGUCUCUGUAGUUUUUAUUUUCACUGGAAUGAGAUUCGUAUGCGGUCUGUAACUAUCAGCCUGUUGCUCUGUGUGUUGAUGUCCUUUGGAGCCAGUGAUACUUGCAUAAAACACAUCAGCCAACUCUUACUUUUGAAAUGUUGAAGUGUUAUUAAGUGUUUGAUUGGUGGACUGUGCGUCUUUCCCAGUAGGAAGGAACAUUGUUGAUUCAACUGUAUAGACCCAUAUAAUUUCCCCUAAUUUAUUUGUCAUUGUAAAGUUGUACAGAUGCCUUGACAGCGUGGGAACUUGGACUGGAUACAUUUUUUAAUGUCUGUUUUUAGUUCCGAUCUCAUUGUAUUUUAAUGUAUGUAUCAUCAUUUUAGACAUUUUAUUUCGAUUGUUUUAUACUUUUUGCAUGUGUAUAUUUCUUUGUACAGAAACCAUAAGUGUUUAUGCGAUACAUGCUGUAAAUAUAUUCAGUUUUGUCAUCCGUUAUUUUGGAAUUAAACAUAUGGAACAUUGUCCAGGCUCGGGUACUUUAAUCUGUUUUAACAUUUACUGUAGAGUACCUGAUUGAUGUUAAAGAGAUAGCUCACCCAAAAGUGGAAAUUCUUCAUGUUGUUCAAAACAUGCAGAACACAAAAGAUUUCUUCACAAAUGUGGGUGACCAAACAACAUUGGCCCCCCUUGACACUAAACCGUGGAGACAUUUCUCAAAAUAUCUUCUUUUGCGUUCCACAGAAGGUCAAACACAGGUUUUACUGCCAUGAGGUUGAAUGAAUGGUUGGAUGGUCAGCGGUAAUUUAAAGCUGUGGUGAAGGUCUUUCAGUAAACGCCCAGAAGACUGUAAAUGGUUCGUAAGCCUUUUAUUGCAUCACAACUGAACACUACAGUGGUUUGCAUUGUGUACAGAGAGAACAUGGAAACAUUUCACAGCAGUAACUGGAGAUGCAUUACUUACAAACAUUGUUCUUAAAUAACACAAAGUAAUUCAUAAUUACAAUAUAAGAACUGAAUGGAACAUUUGAAUGAGGGCCAAGAAAGGACCAGAUCAGUGUAUGGUAUAAACUUUAAUGUAAAGCUGGCAAUAAGCCGCAUGUAAUAUGCAUGACAUGAGCCCAUUUGCUGGGCCGCACAUAACUGCUUCAUCUCGCAUGACUGAUUCAAAUAACCAAAUGCUAAUUGACUGGUGUGCAGAACAUCUGUUACUGACGUUUGUGCUGAAGUGAGUCUUCCUGUCAGUGGGUGUUUUGCUGAAUGAUAUGCUUUGAAUUACAGCCAUGUCACUGUAAUAAUGACAUUAUCAGUCAACAGAUGAGCUUGCUAGACACUAGGGUGCGUGUAUGAAAUUAUUUGGCUGAUACUGCUAACAUGUCUGCAAUGUAUAUACUUUGUAUUUCAGGCUUAUUAACACACACAUAUAUACUGUAUAUAUUAAUCCUCUGUAGAGUUAUAUCUGGAUAGUGAGGAGUAAUGCUCUAUGGUGUCUUAUAAUAUAUACAUUUUUGCCUGAUUUACACACAAAGACAGAAACCAAACUUCAGCAUUGCACUCAAAUUAUACUCAGAUAUUUUACUGUGAAUACAGCAAAGACAGAUUUUUUAAAAUAAAGGAAUG